AUGGGAUCUCUCGGUGGUGAAAGCACCCUGCCUUGGGUCAAGACGCCCUGCGUCUACAACACUGCCGUUUCUCGUGCCGUUGGCUGCAACAUCUACCUCAAGCUCGACAACCUCCAGCCCUCGGGCUCCUUCAAGUCCCGUGGCAUUGGCAACCUCAUGACCCGAGCCGUUGCCCACCACCCCGGCAAUGUGCACUUUUACUGUGCUUCCGGCGGCAACGCCGGCCUCGCCUGCGCCACGUCGGCCGUUGCCCUGGACCGCCCCUGCACCGUCGUCGUGCCCCUCACCACCUCUGAGUUCAUGAAGAACAAGCUCAUCGCCCUCGGCGCCCACGUCCAGCAGGUCGGCAAGAACCUCUUCGCCGCCGAGCAGUACGUAAAGCAGGAGCUCGUCGCCAACGACCCCGACGGCGUCUUCGUCCCGCCCUUUGACCACCCGGACAUCUGGGACGGCGCCGCCAGCCUCAUCCCCGAGCUCCGCGACCAGAUGGACGUCCCCAUGGACGCCAUUGUCUGCUCCGUCGGCGGCGGCGGCCUCUUCAACGGCCUCAUGCAGGGCAUCGAGACCUUUCCCUGGUCCGGCAACAAGCCCCACGUCGUCGGCGUCGAGACGGCUGGCGCCGACUCGCUCAACGCCUCUCUCGCUGCCAAGGAACACCUCACCCUUUCCGAAAUCACCUCCAUCGCCGUCUCCCUUGGCUGCUCCCGCGUCUCCGCCCAGACGUGGAAGUGGGCGCACUACCCCAACACCCACAGCAUGGUCGUCUCCGACGCCGAUGCCGCCAUGGCCUGCGUUCGCUUCGCCGACGAUGCCCGUCUCCUUGUCGAGGUCUCUUGCGGUGCCGCCCUGGCUGCAGCUUACCGCGGCGACCUCCGCGACUCUUUGGGCAAGGGUCUGUCCGACGCCGAGUGGGCCCAGAAGAAUGUUGUUCUCAUCGUUUGCGGUGGCUCCGGCGUCUCCCUGCAGCUCCUCGACCGCUACGUCCAGGAGUACGGCCCUCAGUCCGCCAUCAAAGUCUAG